AUGAGUGAAUUUAAGGUUGGUUCAAAAUUAAAAGAACAAGUAGUUUGUAAUAUGCAACCUUUAAUUUUAUGCUUACAUAAAAAUAAUGAUGACAUAACGAAAUGUAUAGAUGAGAUAAAUAUUUUUGAAAAAACAUGUAGCAAAAAAGUAAAUUACGUUCAUGAUAGAAUUGGAUUAGAUGAUACUAGAAACACAUUAUAUACUGGCAAAAAAUCUUCUUAG